UCAGCCGUCCCCAAUCAGUCAACCACAUGGCUGUAAUUCCGGGACUUUUGUGCACUGGAACCUUAGACAGGUUCAGGAAAUUCUGGUAAACUCUUAUCUGAGGAUGAACUAGGACUAUUAGAGAUCAAGGCAGUUUUCUUCCUUAAGAAACUGCUCCAGGCACCAUAAUAGAGUCUUCUACUGCUUCCUCAGCUACUUGCAGAAAAAUGGUGGCGACGCCUCAGAGCAUGUUCCCUCCAAGAGCUCCCGAUGAGACCCUGGAUAGAAAGGGGAAAAUGACAGCCUGGCCCUUCUCUAGGCUGUGGAGAGUCUCUGAUUCUACUCUGUUCCAAAUGGCCUUGGUGGCAGCUCUAUUGGCUACUGUUCUUGGCGAUUGUGGUCCCCCACCCAGUUUACACUUUGCUUUUCCAACGAAAGAGUUGAAUGAGACAAGCUACAAAGAGAGAACCCGUCUGACAUACAGCUGCCGCCCUGGCUACUUUAGGACCAGUUCAAAAGGUGCUUAUGUUACCUGUGAAAGAGGCAGUUGGCAGCACGAAACCUUCUGUGUCAAGAAAAAAUGCAGCAACCCAGGAGAAUUACGUAAUGGGGAAGUGAUCAUGAAGCCAGAUUACUCUUUUGGAUCACAUAUAGAAUUCAACUGUUUAGAAGGGUAUGUCUUAAUAGGCCCAACCACUAGUUAUUGUGAGAUCCAAGAUAGAACAGUUGGCUGGAGUCAUCGUUUUCCAGAAUGUGUAAUUGCCCAAUGUGAGGCCCCUCCAGCCAUCAGCCACGGGAAGCACAAUGGUUGGCGUGAAGAGUCCUAUACUGAGGCUGGAAAGUUAGCAGGGCCAGGCUAUGAAGGGCCCCGUGUGGUUCUUUCAGAAGUUCAGGACGAAGGUAAUGGAGAGACGUUGAAAUGUGUUGCAUUUCAGAAAGAAAUCACCUGUCCUCAGCCAUAUGUUAACCAUGGAAGGAUCGUCUUAGGAUUUAGACACUCCUAUACUUACAAAGACUCUAUUACUAUUGAGUGCAAUAAAGGUUUUACCAUCAAAGGCAGCAAUGUAGUUCGUUGUGGAGCUGAUGACAACUGGAGUCCUCCUCUUCCCAUCUGUGAGAUCUAUAGUUGUACUAACUUAUCAGAUAUCCCACACGCUUCCUGGGAACCAUAUAACUACCGCCUACCAACAAAAGACGAACUGUAUGAAGUUGGGACUGUGCUGAGGUACCGCUGUCAUCCUGGCUAUAAAACCGCCAGAAAUAAGCCUAAGAUUGUGACUUGUCAGAGAAAUUUGGAGUGGACCCCAUAUGAAGAAUGUGAGGAGGUUUGCUGUCCAGUACCAGAGCUGAAGAAUGGCAAAAUCACUCCUCGAAAACAACAGAGGAGAGGUUUGGCCAACAAGUGUGAAUAUUUCUAUGGAGACUCGAUUUCAUAUUCAUGUCCUGGGAGACGUAACUCUGAAGCUUCAUGCCAAGGAGAUGGCACCUGGAGUCCUGAAACCCCAACAUGUGGAGAGAGUUGCUAUUAUCCUCCUGUCAUUGACCAUGGACGUCCUAAACUAAGUACACACACAUUCGCACCUGAUGAGGCUAAAUAUGAAUGUGACAGAGGAUAUAUUCUGGUUGGAAAUCCCAUACUCUACUGCAGUUCUUCACGCUGGUCUGGUCCACCUCCUCAAUGCAAAGCUGUAUGUCCGACACCAGAGAUAGAACAUGGGAAUCUGCUUGUGGAUAAGGAUCAGUUUGUUGAAACUGAAAAUGUCACCAUCCGGUGUGACUCUGGCUAUGCUAUGGUUGGUUCCCAAAACAUUACCUGCUUGGAGGACAGGACCUGGUACCCAGAGGUGCCCAAGUGUGAGUGGGUGGUCCCUGCAGGCUGUGAGCAAGUGAUAGCAGGCAGAGAACUCAUGCAGUGUCUCCCUAGCGUGGAGGAUGUGAAGAUGGCCCUGGAGCUGUAUAAAUUGUCUUUGGAGAUUGACAUCCUGGAACUGCAGAGGGACAAGGCGAAGAAAUCCAUUCUGUAGUCACCACUCUGAUUUUUCCCGGAAGAGGCAUGAAAUGGUGCCCUGCUCCCUUCCAUUCAAUAUGGGUCACUUUAGUUAGCAACUCUGCCAUUCUUUUGCAUUGUAAUGAAUACCUAAAAAUGGUAAUUUGCCUUUUUUUUUUUUGCUAGUACUCUGAGAUUAUAGAAUUGUUGGUAAUCUUGUGGCUCACAUUUUUGCUUUUUUGGACACAAAGUGCACAUUUUUCCAUUAAAAAUUUACUUAUACAGU